CGCGGCCGGCCUGGUCCUCUCGCGCGAUGACGGCCAGCGUGGAGCCGCGGGGGCGGCGCCCGGGGGUCGGAGUGGGCGUCGUGGUGACCAGCGGCAGGCAUCCUCGCUGUGUCCUCCUGGGGAAGAGGAAAGGGUCGUUCGGAGCCGGCAGUUUCCAGCUUCCCGGGGGCCACUUGGAGUUCGGUGAAACCUGGGAAGAAUGUGCUCAAAGGGAAACCUGGGAAGAAGCAGCUCUUCACCUGAAAAAUGUUCGCUUUGCCUCGGUUGUGAAUUCUUUCAUUGAGAAAGAGAAUUACCAUUAUGUCACUAUUUUAAUGAAAGGAGAGGUGGACCUGACUCAUGAUUCAGAACCAAAGAAUGUAGAGCCUGAAAAGAAUGAAAGUUGGGAGUGGGUUCCUUGGGAAGAAUUUCCUCCCCUGGACCAGCUUUUCUGGGGACUACGUUGUUUAAAAGAACAAGGCUAUGAUCCUUUUAAAGAAGAUUUGGAUCAUCUGCUAGGAUAUAAAGGAAGUCACCUAGAGGUGAACAAGGAGAUUCACUGAGUUGGUUUUUUUUUUUUAAUGGGUUGGCCAAAAAGUUCAGUUAGGGUUUUUUUUGUAUGAUGACUGUAGUCUUGCUUAGUUGUCUCUAACUUCAUUUAAAACAAUUUUGUGAGAUUGUAUUGUGACACCUGUCACAGCAAUGUGCAUUUUUUAAAAGAAACGCAUCAAAAUUGGUGAAUUUGGGGGUAGCCAUUUUAAUAUUGAAGAUGGAAGAAAAAAAGCAACAAUUUCGGCAUAUUAUGCUUGAUUAUUUCAAGAAAGGUAAAAAUGCAACAGAUACCAAAAAAAAGAUUUGUGCAGAGUAUGGAGAAGGUGCUGUGACUGAGCGAACAUGUCAAAAGUGGUUUGCAAAGUUUCGUGCUGGAGAUUUCUCUCUGUAUGAUGCGCCACGGUCAGGUAGACCAGUUGAAGUGGAUAGCAAUCAAAUUGAGACAUUAAUUGAGAGCAAUCAACAUUAUACCACACGAGAGAUAGCCGACAUACUCAAAAUAUCCAAAUCGAGCGUUGAAAACCAUUUGCACCAGCUUGGUUAUGUUAAUCGCUUUGAUGUUUGGGUUCCACUUAAGUUAAGCCAGAAAAACCUUCUUGAUCGUAUUUCCACUUGUGAUUCUCUACUGAAACGUAAUGAAAGUGUUCCGUUUUUAAAACAAAUUGUGACAGGCAAUGAGAAAUGGAUACUGUUCAAUAAUGUGGAACGGAAGAGAUCAUGGGACAAGCGAAAUGAACCACCGCCAGCCAUGCCAAAGGCCGGUCUUCAUCCAAAGAGGGUGAUGUUGUGUAUAUGGUGGGAUUGGAUGGGAGUCCUUUAUUAUGAGCUCCUUCCAGAAAACCAAUCAAUCAAUUCCAAGAAGUACUGCUCCCAGUUGGACCACCUGAAAGCAGCACUCAAUGAAAAGCGUCCAGAAUCAGCCGACAGAAAAUGCAUAAUCUUUCAUCAGGAUAAUGCAAGACCACAUGUUUCUUUGAUGACCAGACAAAAAUUGUUACAGCUUGGCUGGGAGGUUCUGAUUCCUCCACCAUAUUCCCCAGACAUUGCACCUUCAGAUUACCAUUUAUUUCGGUCUUUACAAAAUUCUCUCAAUGGAAAAAAUUUCAGUUCCCUGGAAGACUGCAAAAGGCACCUGGAACAGUUCUUUGCUCAAAAAGAUAAAAAGUUUUGGGAAGAUGGAAUUAUGAAGUUGCCUGAAAAGUGGCAGAAGGUAGUGGAACAAAAUGGUGAAUACAUUGUUCAGUUCAGUUCUUGGUGAAAGUGAAAAAUGUGGUUUUUAUUUUUGCUUAAAAAUCAAAAGAACUUUUGGGCCAACCCAAUACAUAAAAGGCAAAAUAAGGCCCUGUUAAAGAAUAAAAAAUAUCUACAUUUCAGAACAACUCCAUUUUACCUGAAAAGUCCCACGUGAUGGACGGUUUAUUUGUAGUCUCUUAAUAUACCCAACACCUUUUCAUUCAGUACUUGUGAGAGAUUGUGUCAUGAACUGUGUUUCAGAUUCAGAAAAUGUGGUAACUGGUGAUGUUAUAAAUGGUAAUUCCGCUUUCUGUAUUUCUCUGGUAUUGAUGUGUCACUUCCAGUGUGUGUGGAGGAGAGUGCAGUAGAAUUUGUCUUAGUGUUUCAGUUCUAGUAGAGAUCCUAAUUCAAGUGCUAACACAGAAUUUAUCGCAUUUGUUGGUUUUCCUUUCCUGUUUUGUUGUUGUUGUCAAUAUAUUUUGACAGUUCCUACCACUAGAGCAGACAGGACAGGUCAUUGGGUGUAUUUCUGAUUGGGAAUGUAAACCUAGGGAAGCAAGUUAAACCAUCCAGGAUCUGUAUCCCAUCGUUAACAGGCCUUACCAUUUUGGAUCUCAGUUGAUCUCUCUCGAGAUUCAACUUCCUUGUAUGUGAAAUGUGAUUAGACUAGGGCAGCGGUUCUCAGUAUGGUCCGGAGAAGUCCUCAAGGUCAGAGUCGCUUUUGUCACAUCCUCAUUCUUUGCUGAGUGUACAGAGGAGUUUUCCAGAAACUGCGUGUUAUAGGUCACUCUAGUAGAGUGACUGACUGCAAAGCAGAUAAGAAAAUCUAGCUCUCUCCUAGUAAGCUAGAUAUGGAAGAAAUUGACAAAAAAUGUAAAACAAUGCCAUGCCUCUCACUUUUUUUUUUUUUAAAGAAAAACAUCUAUAUUUUUUAUAAAAAUUAUGUUAACAUACAAGUUUUGUGUUAUGGGUUUUUGUUAUUUGUAAAUAAAUAAAAGAAUUCUUAAAAUUUA